UCUAUGCAUGCAAACAAGAUGGCGGGUGCCGAACCAGAGAAAAAGUCCUAUGUAGACUUACGAGAAAAGCUUAACAAGAAUUCAUCUGCCAACAAAAAACACCUCUGGGAAAAUAGAAAGCGGAAACAUGACCAAAGUUUUGGUUUACAUCGCCAUCAUUCAACACAUGACAGAGAAAUUGAACUGCAGAAAGUUCAUCAGGGAAUUCGUCAGCGAAUUUUAUUCGACAAAGAGGAAUGCGACAAAAUUGAACAAAAAAUCGACGAAAUAGUUCAUUCUGCAGAUGAAGGGAAUUAUAAAAGCAGGACAGUUGAUAGAGCACCAUUACGUGUUAAAUAUUUCUUUGGAGAGGGCUACACGUAUGGAAAACAGCUCGCAGAACGAGGACCCGGCCGGGAAAGACUUUUUCCUCGGGGAGAAGUCGACGAAAUUCCGCAGUGGAUUUACGAUUUGGUUGUUUUGCGGCUGGAGAAGGCCGGAAUCGUACCUAAAGGCUUUGUGAACAGUGCUGUGAUUAAUGACUAUCAACCUGGAGGUUGUAUAGUUUCGCACAUCGAUCCACCACACAUUUUUGACCGUCCGAUUGUUUCGUGUUCCUUUUUCAGCGAAUCCUCGCUCAGUUUUGGCUGCAAAUUCAGUUUCAAACCUAUUCGCACAUCAACGCCAGUCUUGACACUUCCACUACCUCGAGGCUGCGUGACAACUUUAAGUGGUUAUGCAGCUGAUGACAUUACACAUUGUAUCAGACCUCAAGAUGUAAAAGCAAGAAGAGCUGUGAUAAUUGUAAGGAGAGUAUAUCCAGAUGCUCCAAGACUUGAACCAUUAAUGAAUGGCAGCAAGGAUCAAGACGGGGAAAGUAACCGAGAGAGUGAUGAUGAUGAAGAUGAAGAAAAUGAUGAAGAGCCCCCAUCGCCUAAGAAGAAACGCGUAGUGUUGAAAAGGAACUUCAGACGUCCCAGCCAAGAAUCAAAUAAUACUGCUGAUCAGCAAGGAGACUGAUAAUUUGAUGAGGUGAUGACAGUCAAGCAGAGAAUAUAGUGUUGAUACAAGACAUCAGAAAUAGCUUCAGUGAAGGUUCUGUUGUACAAACAUCAUUCUGGCUGGGCUAGAGCUCAGUCCUGCUCAUGAAUCCAAGACAGGCUUGUGUAGUUUAACCUUGUACAUGAUAUGACUUAGUCAUAAAUGAUAGUUACAAUCUACAAGUUAGAUGAUGUUUUGCUUUUUCCUUUUGUUAGUCAUGUUACACUCAAUUUUUCUUAUAAUGUUACGUAGACUUUGAUUUUAAUGUCUAGUUUUUAGUCAAGGUCUUUUCAAUUGCUGUCAAGCCGUCAAACUUUCUGAUCUGUCAGCAGCGUGCAAAUGUUCAAUUUUGAAACUUGUCAUUAGCUUAUUAUAUUAAUGACUUUUCAUUUUAAAAAAAAAUUGGCUUUGAAAGUGACCAAAAUGGUUUCAAUUUCUUAGUUCGAUCUGUGGUUUGAAAGAAAUAACAUUUGAUAAUUUGAGAUGCUAAUCCAAUCCAUUAUUUAAGCUCUGCAAUUUGAUAUUUUAUGGACAGAUACUGUUCACUUUUACUCCCCUGGUGAUGCUGAAUAAUGAGGGCAGAAUUAGGGAUUUCAGUUGAGAAUUCAUGAGGUUCAAAAUUUCAUAGAUAUGCAUUAACUGCUGUCACCACUUUAUGAUUACUAAUUUUUUUCUUUUUGGUGAAAAAAGCAUUGAUGAUAUAAGCACUUAUUGUUCAGAUCCUGUCAAGAAAAGAUUUUAUCAGAAAAUGAUUUUUAAACCACAGACUGGAACUGGAGACAAUCAUGUAAAAAAAAAAACCACAAACUAGUGGUUCUUCAAUCACUAUGUAGAUUAGUGGUUGAAGGAAAAAACACUGAGAUAGAAGUUAAAGUACAUGUACAUUGCCAUUUCAGCCUUCCUUUUCAAGUUGUUUAGACACUAUAUAUUAUAUAAGAAGAUUUACCCAAAGGUACAUGAAGGUAGCAUGCGGCACUUCCAGAGAACGAGGUUUACAUGGCAAUUCCCUGUUGAGACAUCUGAAGGAAGGUGCAAUUGAGAAUGUUGUGUUCUUUGUAACUGAUUCUUUCAAUUCCUAUUUUCUAAGUUUUAAGCUGCAAAUUGUAACACAGCAUUUACAAGAACUUCGAUUUCUGAUAUUUUGCUACUUUUAAAUUGAGCAAUGUUUGUGUUACUGUAAAAUUGGUUUUAAAACUCAUCUGAAGUACAGACAGGAAUGGAAACUGUGGUAUCAUUGAGUGUUUGUACAUGACAAUGUACACCAUAAGUUUUUUUCUAGAAUCACAGACUAGAUUUUGAACUAUUCUUCUUUUUUGCUGUGAAAUCAAUUUUCUCAAAUAUUGUGCACUUGAGCAUUCUGUGAUAAAAUUGGACAGAAGCAGUGAAAAAAAUGAUAAAAAGAUGAAGUUUAGUUUGAGCAGAAGCUGUGUAAUGUAGGUCAAAAAAUGCAGUCAGUAUUUUACUCUGGGACAACUUUUGAUGCACAUGCAUCAGAAUGCCGUUUUCAGUGAAAAUGGAAACCAAAUCAUACAGGGUUGUGCUUGCUUUCUGAAGUAGAGUAACAUAGGAACAAUUUAAAUCACGACAGUUUCUUUUGACAAGUUCAAGCUUUGUUUUGCCAAACCAGAACUGUUCACUUGCAAAUUUAUUUUUAUGAGUUUUUAUUUAAAUCAAAACCUUUCAGCUGUACAGGCUUUCCUUAAUAGAUAGGACAUGUUUGUCCUGGGGCAGUAGGUUCUGGGGAAAUUUUGUUUUUGGCCAGGUGAUGAUUUCAAAUUUUGUGCUAGUCAGUGGAAACUUUACUGUACUGUGUUUCUGUGGCAAUUCAAAUGAAAUCAAUUUGUUACUAAAAAACAUACUUUUACAAGGUGUUUGAAACCGAGCUCAUUUUGUGUUAACCAAGGUAAAAGCCUCCGAAGGAAGAGAAACACAGUGGCCCGACGGACCUCACUUUCGUGCAAACUUGUUACCAGGCUUCCUAAGCAAAUUUUCAUUAUGCAUCGUGUGUAUGAUAUGUCAGUGAGCAAAAGAGAUGUGACCAUUCAAGGGAACACUAUUGACCCCUUACCAUCUACUGAGUGAUCAGACAGAAUUUCUCCUUAUAAUAACAGGUCCUUAUGACACAGACAAGUAAUUUUUUUAUUAUGGGAAAUAGGAGGGAAAAUUUAAUUGUAAAUACUUGAAGUGUUUGUGUUUUACUAGGACCAACUUGUUUGAGAACAAAAAGAGAGUUUGUCCACCCAUCAGUAAGAGUAAUUAGUGUUGCAAAGAAAAGUUAUUUACGUGUCUAUAUUCUACGCUGUAAAUAUUCUUGAUGUAUACUUGCAAUACACGAAUAGAAUAGUUAAAGGAAAUGUUUA